AACGUGAUGACAUCAUCCGCAAAGAAGGUCCCGGUCAGCUGUGCCGUUAAAUGUCCGUCGCUUCGGCAGCCGAGCGAAAAAUAAGAUUUAAAGAAGCUGUUUGUGGGUUUACAUUAUGGAAAAGAAUGCGACGCGAUACAACGUACAGUUAUAUAUUUAUGAUCUGUCGAGAGGAAUGGCGCGCAGCCUCAGUCCCAUCAUGUUAGGCAAACAGCUGGAUGGUAUAUGGCACACAGCUAUAGUGGCGUACGGUGAUGAGUUCUUCUUCGGAGGGGAGGGGAUCUCCAGCUGUUCGCCGGGUGGGACUAUGCUGGGUCCUCCAGACACAGUGGUAGAGCUGGGAGAGACUGAAGUGUCUGAGGAGAUCUUCAUGGAGUACCUCUCUUCCCUGGGAGAAAGCACAUACAGAGGUGACAGGUAUCGUCUGUUUGAGCACAACUGCAACACCUUCACCAAUGAGGUGGCUCAGUUCCUGACGGGCAGGUCCAUCCCGUCCUACAUCACUGACCUUCCAUCAGAAGUCCUCUCCACACCGUUCGGCCAGAUACUGCGGCCCAUUCUGGACUCAAUCCACAUCGCCCCUCCAGGAGGUAACGUCAUCAACGGGGGGAGGAACAUGUAACCUGAGAGAGCAGCAGAGUCACCGAGUGUUCACAAGGUCACUUUUAUUGUAGUCAGUCAGUCAAACUAAUUGUCUUUCUUUCAGUGUUCUUUCUGUAAAUAAGUUACACACUAGUAUUGAAACUAACGGCCAUUUUGGAAGCUAGAAGUGAUCAAUGACCAGUGAAUCCUUAAAAUUCAAACUUAACAUAUAAUUUCCACCUUAAAGUUGGUUUGUGAUGUUUGAGGGUGCAUCUGGCAUCACAUUCAAUGUACUGACAAAACACAGAUGGGUUUUGGGUGCACCAGCACAGUCGAAUAUCAACACUAAAAACCACUAAAAGCUGACUUUGAUGAAUGUUGCCUUCUUAGUAAUUAGUCUAUGGGAAGUCAGAUCUCCAAUUAAGCUUUUUCAGAAGUGUAAUGUAAUGAAGUAUUUCAAUUUGGGGCGCUGCAACGUAUUUUAGCAUCUACAUUUUGACAGAAUUUCUACUUAAACUCCACUACAUAGAAAUAUUGCCCUUUUUACUUCACUGCAUUUAUCUGAUGUUUGUAAUUUAACCACCUACAACAUUUAAAUACCUCCUGCACAUUGGUGCAUCCAGCUUAUUUAGUAUUUUAACUUUUGUCCCGAGGUACAAAUGUCCCUUUAAUUUUACUUAAUUUGGAACUUGUAGUUUUUUCCAUUUUGGUGUUGUGAUGUGUAUUACCUCCACUAAGGAGGUUGUGUUUUCAGUUUGUCUGUUUAUCAGCGGGAUUAUGGGAAAACUACGAGGGUGAUUUUUAGGAAACUUGGUGGAAGGGCUCAGAACGAACCCAUUAAAUUUCCGAAUCACGGAGGGAUAGACAAAUCAUUUUUCAUGUUCAUUAACAUUGUAAGAUAGGACAUUUAGCCUUGGUGGAGGGCUGUGCUCUCUGAGUGCCCUUCCAGUUUAUUAAAAAUUUAAUUUAUUCAGUUUAGUAAGCUAAUUUAUAUAUAUAUUUUUUCCCACGAUGACGUUAUUUCUGACAUAUCAGGUUUCCCACAUGGUUUCUGCAGUGAGAAACACUUGCUGCUGACUACAAUGGAACUAAUCUGAGUGUACACUUUCACAUAGAUAAUAUAUUCAAAUCAAUGGACGCAGGUUGAUGGAAAAUAAGAACGAGACAGUUGGAGAGUCUUUUAAUCAUAUUUUAAUUUUUGCACUGUCAUGAUUUGUUAUAUGUUUUUUCUUAUGUUUUUUGGCAGCCUGUAGAUACAUUUUCAUCAGUGAUCCUUUUAUACCUGUAAUAUUUGUCUGUACUAUUUUUUGUUGUAUUCAGCUGUACCUGCCAUCAUCAUUCCACCUGUCACAGUAGGUGAUCGAUGCCCCGCGCACACUGAGGUUAUAAGAUCAGAGGUGAUGUAAAAAGUGUAGAGUGUACAGGCCCUAUUUAGACGAUUUAUAGCAGAUGGUCUAAAGAGCAUAGCUCAAGUGCAUUAAGGGCAUAUCCAGCCACUUUUGCUACUUAAACAUAGCGUAGUCUGGGAGCAAAGUGAGGCACAAGUGGCAAAGGGAUUGAAUUUAGUCCCUUAAUUACUCAUAGGUGUGUUUUGGGGGUAACAUGAAUCAAUCAAUCAGAGUGUCAUCUCCUAUUCCCUUUAAAAGCCAGAUGUGCCCACACCUGGCGCACUGUUAUUUACAUGGUGGAUUUGGCAAAUUGACCUUUCGCUAAGCCCUGCCCCUUUGUGGUGGUCCGACAAGCUGUUAGAGUAAGCAUGGAAGAGAGAUGCAGACAGAGGGGUCUACAGUCUGUGUUUGAAGGAUAUAUCCAGCAUGUCAAACUGACUCAGCAGCAACAACAGGUUAAAAAGACAAAGAUAGUUAGAAGCUAAAGCCGAACUAUAGGCUACAGAUCACAGUGUAAAAGUGAACCACCACAUCACUGCUGAUCGCCACACAAGACAAUGAAUAUAAAGGGAAACUUUGCUGAUAUUGAACCAGCUGUGUGGCAUCGCAGUGUGUGCAGAUGAACAGUGUUUGGCUUCACACCUGGACCUCUGCAUCUGCACACACUGCGAUGACACAGAGCUGGUUGAAUAUGAGCAAAGUUUCCCUGCUUCCCUUCACUGGUUCCUGUACUGCAGGGUCGCUCUUUGUUUCACUGUUAUAAUCAUUACAAAGCGAAAGCAGCAUGUGUAUACAUUCAGUAGGCUAUAUCUUCAGUAGCUAGCUAGCUAACCCUACACUUUUCAGGGUUUGAUUUUGGUUUUGGAACAGGGAAGAAAUGUAUAUCUUUUUCCAACCUCUCCAGGUAACGAGUAUCAUUAAUACACGACGUGCCCCAGGCACAACAUUUAGCUCCAAAUCCACAAAACCAGCCUGAAAAUGACGGAAAUCUGACACGACUGCAUUAGAGUCAAUGGAGCACAGCUGUGCUGUUGUCAGACCCUGGUCUGAGCUGGCCUGAUGCUACGUUAUGAUUGGCCAGUCUGCGUCCAGGGGUGGGACUUAGCGAAGGGUCAAUUGGAGAAGCAAGUGGUUUACUGCUGAGACUAAUGCAGUAAGAGCAGUGACGUCGUUGCAGCAAAUAUCACGGGACAUUUAACAGCAAACUAAGAACUGUAGUUAUAAACUUGACAGAAGAAACAGAACUGAACUUUUAGCUUCUGAAAUAAUCAAUUAAAUUACACUGCUCGCUGUGUUUAAAUGCGCAAAGCAUCUCUCUUAAUGGGGAGUCGGACAGCAGCUCUGCUCUGAUCUCUGCUAUGUUCACAUUUUGAAGAAUGUAAUAUUUUUCUUGUUAAUUAUGUAUUAUUUAAUCCAACCCAUACACAUAUGAAACCGCCUAUGUCGGUGCAUCUUACUGUCUGAACAAUGCGUCCUUUAAGCAGCAGGAAAAUACUGCGCUAUUCUGACUUUAGAGCAAGUUUGUGUUGGUCAAUAGUGCAGUCAUUUCCUGCUGCCUCAGAAUAGCAGUACGCCAACAAUGCGCCUGACCACACCUUGUUUUAACACCUACACUUCUAUGGGUGCACAGAUGGGCGCGAGUACAUUUGCUACUCACACGACAUGGGUGCUGGCCAUGAAAAUAAGAACUGCGUCAAUCUGAAACUAGUAAUGGGUGCAAGAUAGGGCCCGAAGUCUCUACAGCAGGACUGGGAUCAGUUCACUGCACAUUUAGUUUGAGUUGAGCUGAUUGCAGAAGUUUAUAUUUUCCAGACAAUCCUGAUUUUUGAAAACAGUUUUCUUGGUCAGAAAUAACCAAGACUGUUUAUUCUGUGAUACAACUGAAAGUGAACUGCACCACGGCCCUGUUAUAAGACAUAAGCUGUGCCUCUUGGCCUGUGUUGCCAGCUCCACAGGGAGACGCUGAUCAUAGAUUACAUUUUAUCAUACAGCUUUUUGUUGCCACGUGGUUAAUUCUAAACAACUGCUCAUCCACAGAUUUUUUUUUGUUAGAUGUCUCAGUGACCAUAUGCAGGGUAGCGUCCUGCACUGUCAACUUAAUAACAACCUGUUCGAGUCCUUUAACAGCCACCAGAGUGUGUUGGAUAUACAGUACACCUCUGUGCCUUCAUUUCCCUCUGCUUGGCUACAGUCACACUGUUAAGAGUUGGCAUGGUUAUUGUAUAGCACAGAUGGUAACUCCCUGUGUAGUCUGCAUUCAGAUGCGAUAGUUAGUUUACAGUGUGAAGGCCUAGGAAUCUAAAAAUCUUGAAUACGUAAAUGAGGUGAAAGGGGUUAGAAGUAGUGAGGAACCCUGAACUAAAUUCUCUAGGAGACGUCAGCAGUUGAAAAAAUAUUCCAGAUUAAACAACAUCUGGAUCACAGCCUAUAAUCUCAGUGCUUUAUACACUGCACUCUGCCAUCAGAAAGAACACAUAGCUGUCUAGUUUCAAGAUAAUGCGUACAGUAGAUGACGUGCUUUAGGAUUUAUCUGAUUAAGACAGUGUUACACACAUGAACCAUACUGAACCUCAUGAGCCUGAACAGAGCGAAGGAUCAAAGAAGCACAGAAAAACAAGAAAUGUCAAAGAGCGACUUAACCAGCAUUAACUUUCAUCGUGUUCUCCUGCAAUAAACAAACCUCACACAUUUUACCUUCCAAGCAGUCACCAUCAUUUCUCUCGUGCUCCUGCACAUAAAUAUUACAUGUGCAAGCUCUUUAAUGUGUUUUUUCAGACCUGAUAUUUGUAUUUGGUUACUUCUCCCCUUUAAGAGGCUAGAAAGCUCAGGUGAAUCUGAGUUGUGUUAUUUUUGCCUUCUGCUUACCAACUAAGUGACAUGCUAACCAGACCACUGAAAUGUAUUACUGCACAAGUCACCCUUUGUUGCUCUGAUAUGUGUUGUUGCUGGCUGCUACCUGUAAUGUGAAAUUGCAACAGAUAGUGAUGGAUAUUAUUCCCUGUUUAAGUAAUCUAACUAUAGUAGAUAUAUUUAUGCAUAUUGUUUGAAUUGUUUGUUUGUUUUUUUGUAAAUCUACCUACAUAUAAAGCCAUUGACUGCAAA